AUGAAGAAAGAAGAUGAGGCAAAAUCCUUCAACGGAGAUAUAUUACCUAGUGCUACAUAUGCUAAAGAUGGAGACUUGAGGGCUUAUUUACAAACGAAUUUCAAGAGACUUGAUUGGAUAAUGAAAAUUAAUAUGGCUAAAGAUAUUAUAAGUGGUUUAAGUUGUAUUCACGAAGAAAAUAUUGUUCAUAAAGAUUUAGUAACAUUCGAAGAACAUUUAGUUCACGAAGGAAGGCUAUUGAUAACAGAUUUAGGAUUAUUUCAAUCAUCAGAUGCCAAUUCAAAUUCUACGGCUGCCCCUGACAUAUAUAGUUUGGGAAUGCUUUUUUGGGAGUUAUCAAGUGGAAGACCUCCAUUUAAUAAUAUCCCAAGUUUCGAAAUAUAUAAAAAGGUUAUUUCCGGUGAAAGAGAAAAACUUAAUAAUGAAACACCAAAAGAUUAUAUCAACAUAUAUUUAAAAUAUUUAGACCCAAUGCUUCUCAGAAGACUGGGAAAAUGUAGCAAAACUAAAGCUUCCGAUAUAUAUAGUAUUGUAAUUUUGCUUUGGAAAAUAUCAAGUGAAAAAAUUCAAUAUGAAUCUAAAUUUCAGAAUGAAUUAGACUUGAUAAAUUAUAUUUCACGAGGGAACAGAGAAGAUCCAAUCAUUGGGACACCACAAGAUUAUAUUAAUAUCUAUCAAGAUUGCUGGAAUCAAGACCAAAAUCAAUGUCCAAAUAUUGGGGAAGUCAUACGAGAUUUCGAAUAUGUAGAUUUUGAAAAUAAUUUUGUUGAAUUAAUAGAGUGA